AGGCUAUCAAUAAUCUCAUCCUCACCCAUAUUAUCUUUCCCCUCCACUCCACCUCAUCAUUUUAAAACACACAUUUGCCACUAGACCUGCUGCUGCUGCUAGCAAUCCAUGGCUUCUUCUGCUACUCUCUCUGUGGCUAAGCCAUCUCUCAAGGUGCACAGUCAGGGGUUCUCUGAAUUCUCUGGUCUUCGCAGUUCAUCAGCUUCUCUUCCAUUUGCUCGCAAGUCCUCCGAAGACUUGUUCUCUGUUAUUGCCUUCCAGACCUCUGCUGUUGGUGGGAAUGGCGGUUACAGGAGAGGAGUAGUGGAAGCAAAGCUGAAGGUAGCAAUCAAUGGGUUUGGGAGAAUCGGAAGGAACUUCCUGAGAUGUUGGCAUGGCAGGAAGGACUCGCCAUUGGAUGUCAUCGCCAUCAACGACACAGGAGGUGUCAAGCAGGCCUCCCAUCUUCUCAAGUACGACUCCACCCUUGGCAUCUUUGAUGCAGAUGUCAAGCCCUCCGGUGACAAGGCUAUCUCAGUUGAUGGAAAGAUCAUCAAGGUCGUCUCUAACCGUAACCCCGCCAACCUCCCCUGGAAGGACUUGGAAAUAGACCUGGUGAUAGAAGGGACUGGAGUGUUUGUGGACAGGGAAGGAGCUGGAAGGCAUUUACAGGCAGGGGCUAAGAAGGUGCUUAUCACUGCUCCUGGGAAAGGUGAUAUACCCACCUACGUGGUUGGUGUUAAUGCUGACGCUUACAGCCAUGCCGAGGCCAUCAUCAGCAAUGCCUCUUGUACCACCAAUUGCCUUGCUCCCUUUGUCAAGGUCCUCGACCAAAAAUUUGGCAUCAUCAAGGGUACCAUGACAACCACACAUUCCUACACUGGAGACCAGAGGCUUCUUGAUGCAAGUCACCGUGACCUUCGACGUGCACGUGCUGCAGCUCUCAACAUAGUCCCAACUUCCACAGGUGCUGCAAAAGCUGUAGCCCUUGUUCUCCCUUCUCUAAAAGGGAAGCUGAAUGGCAUUGCCCUCCGUGUGCCCACGCCUAAUGUCUCAGUUGUGGACCUUGUUGUUCAAGUGUCAAAGAAGACCUUUGCAGAAGAGGUCAAUGCAGCUUUCAGGGAGAGUGCUGACACAGAGCUCAAAGGUAUCCUAUCUGUAUGUGAUGAGCCUCUUGUGUCAGUUGACUUCAGGUGCACUGAUGUGUCAUCAACUGUUGACUCUUCACUAACAUUGGUUAUGGGAGAUGACAUGGUGAAGGUGAUUGCUUGGUAUGACAAUGAGUGGGGUUAUUCACAGAGGGUAGUUGAUCUUGCUGACAUUGUUGCCAACAACUGGAAGUGAUCUUCAAUAUCCUGCUGUUAAUGAACUUCUUUCCCGGUUUAAUUUCUUGUAGAUUUCUGUUUUUGAAGAUAUGCAAUCAGAUUUGAACCUUGAUAUCUGUAUUUCAGAAGUUAAGAUACUUGAGCGGUAAUUUGUGAAAUCUGACGCGGCCAAAGAUUAAAGAAAAAAAGGCUGAAGUUUGUCAAAGGAGAAAAGCUUUCAGGCUUAGAUUGCUAAUUCUCCCCUAUGUCCAAGUCGCUAAUAGUUCGUCUUUGUUCUCUUUAUCCACUGGCAUAGUAAACAAAUGCCAUCUCAGUAUAUUUUACAAUGAAAAUAAGAAUGAUUUUGGGUCAAGUUUA